AACUGGACAAAAAAAACAAAAACAAAUGAACAAUAUCUCAUGAAUUUAUCCCUAUGGUGAAGUAAGCAAAUUCGUUUGUUAUACAACGUGAAACUAACUAUUAAGUUAUUUAAAUUAUUAUAAUAAAUCGUAGGCAGUUAUUAAGCACACGUCUUGUUUAUCACGUUGACAUCACAAUAUUUACAUAUUGCAGUUCUGUAGGCGCUGAAACGACAAAAAGCCUCGAUUCGCCUCGAAGAUGUCACGACUUAUACCUGUUCACGCGGUUACGUCUGCGAUGACUGUUCUGUCGAUGAUCACGCCAUGCACUCGCUAACGUGUUGUCUGUGAACAGAUCCAUUUUUGGCGCGAAAGGGUAUGUGAAACGACCGUCUGCCUCGACGAACGUGGAGCUGUAACACGAUUACUCACCGUGCUAUCUACACUUCAUCCGUGGGACAGUUCCGGAGCUCGUUCUGCAUUCUACAGCCACGAAGAAACACCUUCAUCUCAACACAGAAACUUUAUGCCAAAUCAACGUGUAUCUGAACACAUUGCGUACCGGCUAAUGUUCAGAAAAUUGAAUUGCGCGGAUGGCAAUUUUCACUGAGAGACUCCUCUAAUCUACAAUGGAAAUUGGAGCACAGGAAGCUUCCACCCCGGCCAGGUAGCAGCCGUCGAUGAAGUUGCUUUUAUUUUUCGACACCAAUAGGAAUAAAUUAUUCUUUCAGUACGCUCGACGAACUUGAAAUUGUAUAUUCCCGCGGCACAAUGUUUUUUUCUGCUUCUUCGCGGCCGCGUUGCUUCCUGGUACAUUUGAAUGGAUAAUGCCUGCCGCGCACGUGGGCGAGGCCCGUCAAAGGACAGCCAGGGGCACGCGUAGGCAAAAUUCGAGGUGGGAUCGAAGGUUGAGAAAGGUGGGGCCCACCUUGUAUUCCACCCGUGAUCAUCUCCGCGUCGGCGGAGGGCUCGUUAAUCCGCUUGGUCUGCUCGCGGAGCACGAUCAGGCUUCAGUCGACGUACGUACAUCGAUCUGUGAAACUCUUCAGCGUCUGCUAGUCGGCUGUCGCGUGUCUACGUGUGAUCCUCUUUCUCCGCAGAUCACCCAGAACCAUGGAUUCUUCGCGGACCACCGUAAUACUCGUUCUCCUAUUCGUUACGAUAGUCAAUGGUGGAUAUUACCAGUCAAGAAUAUUAACAUCUGGAGACGUUGGUACUUGCGAGGCGUACACCUGCGGAGUGAACGCGAGAUGCACUCUCAGCGAGGGCAGGCCAGUUUGCUCCUGCAUGAACCUGCACAUGGGAGAUCCCUUGUCGCGUUGCGUAAGAGUGGAAUGCCAGAUCAACGAGGAUUGCAGCGGCAGCAAGGUUUGCACGAAUAACAGAUGCGUGAACCCUUGCGACAGCCUCUGCGGCGUAGACGCUGUCUGCGAGACGAGGGACCAUGUGCCGACGUGUUACUGUCCGCCUGGAAUGACUGGAGAUCCCUUCACGGCUUGCCGCGUGGCUGACCCCCAGGCUGCGUGCAAGCCGAAUCCAUGCGGACUGAACACCAAGUGCGAGGUGAUAAACGAAGUGACGGUCUGCAGCUGCUUGCCGGGGUACAUAGGAUCUCCGUUGACCGGUUGCCGUCACGAGUGCGAGAGCAACAGCGAAUGCCCGAGCCACCUUGCCUGCUCGUCUUCCUUCAGGUGUGAGAGCCCGUGCAAAUGUGGCACGAGUGCCGAAUGCAAGGUGGUCAAUCAUCAAGCUGUGUGCAGCUGUCCGAAGAAUUGGCUGGGUAACCCUCUGCUGUCUUGUCGGCCGGAAUGCACGUCGCACUCGGAGUGUCCAGGUAACAAACCAGCCUGUCUUUAUCAGAAAUGCAUGAAUCCUUGCGACGGGGUAUGCGGUGUGAACGCUGAUUGCAAUUUGAGGGAUAUCACACCGGUCUGUAGCUGCCCGAAACACAUGACCGGCAACCCCUUCGUUAGCUGCAGACUGUUCGAAGCGAGGGAUUUGUGCGAACCAAAUCCUUGCGGAGCGAACGCGAUUUGCACGCCAGGACACGAUAAUACAGGGAAAGAAAGGCCCGUGUGCACGUGUCCUACUGGUUACAUCGGUAACGCGUUGGUUAGUUGUCAGAGGGGAGAAUGCUUCACGGACAGCGAAUGCCCCGACAGCAAGGCGUGCAUUGACUUCACGUGCCGAAACCCUUGCACCGGUAAAGAGUGCGGACCAACCGCGUCUUGCACGCCGAGACGCCACAUAGCUGUGUGUACGUGUCCAAGCGGUACACGAGGAGAUGCGUUGUACACCUGCAACCCUAUUGAAAGUAGAUCUUUCUAUAACUACGGUCGACAGUUCAGAUAUCGCCACUAUUAGUCGUUGAACCGACCACGAUCACGAAGGACCCGGUAUAGUUCUGAAACUAUGCGAUCCGUCUGGAGAGUAUUUAAAAUAGUUUGUGACCGACAUUCACGUAUCUUAAUACUUCGGUGUAACACUGAUAGCAUUACGGUUGGUUAUACACAGUUACUUACGUUUCUGGUUAGCCUAAAGAACUAAGCAAAUAAAAUUGAGAGAAGAAAUUUU